CGAUUUGGCGUUGGCCCGGUGUGUGCUGUUUAAGUCUCAGUGUGUAAAAAUAAUGGGAAAACUGAAUCUUUUUUUAAUACUUGGUGUCCUGUGCGCCCUGCUAAAUCCACAAGGAGAAGGCGGUGCAUUUGCCGUAUAUUGGCCAUGUGAAAGCGAUGUCGACUGCACAGCUGAUGGCUCCAGCUGUGACCCAGACACGAGUCUCUGUCAGUGCUCCAGUUUCGAUUCGGUCUUCUCGGAGAACUUUAGCCAAUGCUUGACAAACUCGCUGUUUGGUGACGCAUGCCAAGAAUCCGUUCAAUGCAAUCUUAUGCCAACGGGAGCCAGUUGUAAAGCCGGGGUCUGCGAUUGCGACGUUGGCCAAACCUAUCUACGUGGCAAGUGUAGGCCAGUGAAUGGACUCAACGAGCCCUGCGAAACGGACUUUGACUGUUAUUUUGGAUACGAUCGAGCAUCCGUGCGCUGUCAGGAGAACGUCUGCGGCUGUGCAAAUGGCUAUUAUAACAGAUAUGGAAACAUAUGCCGUCGCAAAUCAAUGGAAAGGGACGAUGCAUGCGUCGUGGAUGCGGACUGUGAUGCACUGGACGCUACUGCUGCCUGUGUGGAUCUGAAAUGUACUAUUGUGGAUGAGAUCACCACUACAACAACCGACGAUAUUGAGACCACACCCGAUGACAACAGUACGGAGACUACAACUGUAGAUCAGGAAACAACCAAAGACGAUCCCAACACAGAGACAACUGAACCGGAGACACCAACCACAACAAUCCUACCAAGUUCCAGCUCCAAGCACGGAAGGAAGCUAUUUGCCAAAGCCUUUGUCCAUGCCACGCCCACACAUAAAGAUGUCGCCGCCCAGGCGACGCUCUCAUUGACCAACGGUGACAGCGAGCUCCUCAAAUCGAUACCUCGUCGCUCCCGUGAAAUAGCCGUGCAGACGAGCAUCGAGAGCUACGAACUGAAAGAUCUCGGCCGCAGUUUCCGUAAUGUGGCAACAGCAACUACAACCACCUCGACAAGCAGUCGACGAACCUCAAAUAACACUCAAAACUAUCGUCCCCGUUUCCCUGCCAUCUUUCGCUAUGAUAAUGAGGAUAUUAAAACAUAUUCGACACUGGGAUCGAGUCGCGAUGACGAUGAUCUCGAUGAGAAAAAGUAUGGCAGCAGCUGCAUGGACAUGGGCAAACAGUGUCCCGGCUUGCCCCACUCAAUAUGCACAAACAAGAUCUGUUUGUGUAAGCAGGGAUAUUAUCCGCGGAACUCUAAAUGCUUUGCAGAGCUCGGUGAGAUAGCGGAGAGCAGUGACGAAUGUGAAUAUGAGUUCGAGCAGUUGUCCAAGACUUGUAUAUGCCAAAAGAACUAUUUUUACGAACGUGACCUGCGCAACUGUAGAAAACCCAUUCAGUAUCAUUUAUCCUGCACAUCGAACAGCCAAUGUAGUCCCUUUGGAGCCUCCUAUUGCCGCCCACAGAUACCCAGACGCUGCACAUGCGAGGAAUACGCUCAGUACAAUGAAAUCAGUCAGCUUUGUGAAUACAAAGAUGGCCUAGGUGCCGAGUGUGAAUCUAAUGAUGGCUGUCUAGUAGAUCAUUCCAUUUGCUCAAAUCGCUUCUGUGUGUGCCGCGACAACUAUUUCGAGAACAACGAAGAGUGCGUGGCAGGCAUUGGUGCUGAAUGCUCAGAGGAUGAGGAAUGCGCGGCUGAAAAUACGGUGUGCCUGGAGCGAAGCAACAGCAAUUCAGGCAGAGAUUCGGAGCAGACGCGCUCUUGCCAGUGCCGCCGUGGCUAUGUCCACUUCAAGGAUGAGUGUCACAAGGAAGCGGAGGAACUUGAGGAUGAGUGCGUCGAGGAUGAGCAAUGUAAGCCGCUUUUGGCCACCUGCAAUGCGGAGGGCAAAUGCAGCUGCACAGACGAGCAACACGAGAAAAACGGAAUCUGUGAAGUGAAGCGCACUUUGGGCGAGCCGUGUACGAAGGCCACAGAGUGCUUUGUUGAAAAGGAUCCUGAGAAUGUGGAAUGCCGCAACUCUGUCUGUCAGUGCAAAUUUGGCUAUCAGGCAAGCACCGAGCAUAGACAAUGCAUACGCGUAAUGCCCAAUAAAAAAAAUUCUUCCGGUAGGCCCAGCGCUUUAAAAAUCAUCACGUUCGUUUUGAUCGGCUCCGCUUUUCUGAUCACGAGCGCGGCUAUCAAGCAGGCGUAUUAUUAAAUAGAACACUUCAACACAACACUAAA